CGUCCUAACCGCCAGUCUCUGAUCGACCGCCGUUGAGAACACAUCUCGUGCCGUGCGUGUUAAUAAAAUACAAAAAAAAAUACUUACAACCAUAUAUUGUGCAAUAAAAGAAAGACUACAGAAAACUAACUUUAAAACCAAUAUUAACAUAACCAUUUAUAAAAGUGUCUUCUAACUUAAGUGUAACCAGAAAGUUAACCAAAGAAAAAGUGAUAAAUUAAGUUAGUGUCAGCUAAGUGUAAGCGGUUAGUGAAAAGUGUCAGCUCUGAUGUCGCGAUGCAGAAACAGCUGAGCAACGUCAGCAUACAGUCGUACCAAGACUACCAGCCCAGCAGGCGAUAUGGGCAGCAGUAUGAGCCGGGCGGCUACGCGGCGGCAGUGCAGCAGCGUAGCAACAUGACGCAGCGCGAAGACGCGCUCAAGUUCGAGCAGGGCCGCAUCAAGGCGCUGCAGGAGGAGCGCCUGCACAUCCAAAAGAAGACCUUCACCAAAUGGGUCAACUCCUUCCUGCAGAAGGCGCGGAUGGAGGUGGAAGAUCUGUUCAUAGAUCUGGCAGAUGGCAGAAGACUCCUGAAGCUGCUGGAGAUCAUCAGCGGCGAGCGUCUGCCACGACCCAACUCGGGGCGCAUGCGCGUACACAAGAUCGAGAAUGUGAACAAGUCCCUCAGCUUCCUGCACACGAAGGUGCGGCUGGAGUCGAUAGGUGCUGAGGAUAUCGUGGACGGCAACCCGCGCCUCAUCCUCGGCCUGAUCUGGACCAUCAUCCUGCGCUUCCAGAUCCAGGAGAUCGAAAUCGAUGUGGACGAAGAAAAUGAAUCUUCAGAGAAGAAAUCAGCCAAGGAUGCUCUGCUGCUGUGGUGUCAACGCAAGACCAGCGGCUACCACGGCGUGCAUAUACACAACUUCACCGACUCCUGGAGGUCUGGCCUCGGCUUCAACGCGCUUAUACAUGCUCACAGGCCGGAUCUGUUCCGCUGGACCGAGGUGCCCACCGCUGAACACGUGGAGACCCUCAACCAUGCCUUCGACGUCGCCCACAAGCACCUCGGCAUACCGAAACUGCUGGACGCUGAGGAUGUGGACACCACACGACCGGACGAGAAGUCCGUGAUGACGUACGUAGCGAGUUACUAUCACACGUUCGCGCGAAUGAAGAACGAACAGAAGAGCGGACGACGGAUCGCCAAUAUCAUCGGCCAGCUGAUGGAUUGCGACGGGCGCAAAGCGGAGUACAGCCGCCUGCUGUCCACACUGCUGGAGUGGAUCCGGAUGAAGAUCCAGGAGCUGAACGGCCGCGAGCUGCCCAACUCGCUCGACGGCAUCCAGCGCCUGCUGCUGUCCUUCAAGCAGUACCGCACCGUGGAGAAACCGCCCAAAUAUAAAGAGCGUUCAGAAAUCGAAGUUUUAUACUUCGACAUCAACACAAUGAACAAGAGUUUGGUGGGCGAACCCUGGGCGCCGCUGGAAGGACAGCUGCCUCAGGACCUGGAGAGAGCCUGGCAACAGCUGGAACAGGCGGAGCACGCGCGGGAGUUGGCACUUCGAACAGAAUUACUUCGUCAGCAGCGGUUGGAACAGCUGGCGUACAAAUUCCAUACCAAGUCUGUGCUACGUAAGGGGUACCUCAAAGAGAUGAUCCAAGUGUUAUCAGACCCGCGAUACGGCUCCAACGUCGCGCAGGUCGACGCUACCGUCAAGAAACAUGAGGCCAUCUCCGCUGAUAUAUUAGCGAGAACCGAACGUUUCGAAGACCUAUCAGCUAUGGCUGCUGAAUUGGUGAAAGAGAACUACCACGGUGCUGAAACAGUCUCUCGAACAGAACAAGCGGUCUUACAACGCUGGAAGGAACUGCUGGAACUGCUGGAAAGGCACAGGAGUUCGCUUGCCAAGUUGGCACACCUGAUGUCUUUGCUAAGAGAAGCAGAUGCUGUCGCACAUACCUUAGGGGAGAUGAAGGCCCAAUUCCAAUCUGAAGAAGUUGGAAGACACCUUGUGGACGUGGAACGCCUGCUGCAACAGCACGCGUUGCAGGAGUUGCAGCUGGGAGCCCUGGAGGAGAGCAUCAAGAGACUGGUGCGGCACGGCGCCGGGGCUGAUGGGCCACAGCAGACCACGCAGCAGCUGCACCACCAGCUGCAACAGCUGGAGGAUGCACUCACUGAAUUGGUUGCCGCAGCCAAAGACCGCAAAGCGCGCUUGGAGGACGCGAGGAACUUAUACCAAUUCCUGGAAGACCAUGAUGAGGAAGAAGGUUGGGUGACAGAAAAACAACGCAUAUGCCGUGCGGACGUCGCGGCCAAGGACGUCCGCGCCGUGCAAGCAUUAAGGCAGAAGCACACUGCGCUCUUGCACGAACUUCGCGCCAGAGACCUAGUAGCCCAACGACAUCGCUCUAAAGGACAGAGCCUGAUCGAUGCCAAGCAUCCCAAGAGCGUAGAGAUUGAAAGGCGCCUCGCUUCCCUCAACAAGCAGUGGGAGAUCCUCCGCGAGCUGGCCGAAGCGCGGGAGAAGCAGCUCGCUGAUGCUGCGGAAGCGCACCAGUUCUACGGCGACGCGAACGAAGCGGAGUCGUGGAUGCGUGAGAAGCGUACGGUCGUCGCGAGCGAGGACUGCGGGCGCGACGCGGCGGGCGCUGCGGCGCUGUUGGCGCGGCAGCGGCUGCUGCACGACGAGCUGAGGGCGCACGCCGCGGAGCUGAAAGCGCUGGCUGCGGCCGCGCAACGGCUGACGGACCAGGGCAUACACACGUUAUUGUUGCCAACAGAGGUAGAAGCGAAUGCGGGUCUAGAACAAGAAGAGGAAUGGGUGAACGAAUCCAGAUUAGUGCCCACAGAAGUAUGGGAGGAGGAACCCGUGGAAAGACUUGAGCAUAGAACUGUCACAGAGCAGAGGAGUGUGCCACAAGUCAAAGCUUUGUACGCGUUCAGCGGGCAAGGGAUCUCCAUAGCCAAAGGGGAGGUGAUGUUCCUCAUCAGCAAGACCAACCCCGACUGGUGGUCGGUGCGGAAGGCCGACCGCACCGACGGCUUCGUGCCGGCCAACUACGUGCGGGAGAUCGAGCCGAGAGUUGUACCGGUCCAAGUCCGUCGCCCGGAGAAGGUGCGAACAGUGCAGCGAGUGAAGAAGACAGUGCUGGUGAAGCAGGUGGUGCAGGUGAAGAGGGGGGCUCCGGCGCGGCGGCAGAGGGCUGCGCCCCCCGCGCCCGCGCCGCACCCGCCCGUGCAGCAGCGCAUGCAGCAGAUCCAGGGGGAGUACGAGGAACUCUUGAAGCUGUCAGAGGCUCGUCGAGCCCAGCUGGAAGACGCAAUCAAGCUGUACAGCUUCUUUGCCGAGUGCGAUGACUUCGACAAGUGGAUACGGGACAGGGAGAAGAUGCUGCGAACUGAUGACCCAGAGGACAGCGUCGACACUGCCAAGAGGAAAUAUGAGAAAUUCGUCACGGACCUGUCCGCGGCGUCCAAACGCCUGGAAACUAUUGACGCUGCAGCAGAAGAGCUGGUGGCAGCCAAUCACAGCCAAGCCGCCAAAGCGACGGCGCGACGACAGCAGCUGAGGCAGCAGUGGGAUAGACUGCUGAGGUUGAAGCAGCAGAAAGAGAAGAGUCUAGAAGGAGCUUCCAGUGUGGAACUGUUCAACCGGACAUGCGACGAGGCGCUGGACUGGAUGUCGGAGAAGGAGCAGCAGCUGGCCGCGGGGGGCGCGCCCGCCGCAGACUUGCGCACCGUGCGCGCGCUGCAGCGCAGACACGCGCAGCUGGAGCGCGAGCUGGAGCCGCUGAGGGAGAAAGUCAACACCGUUACCCUGCUCGCCGAUUCCGUAAAAUCUCAAUAUCCAACCGAGCGCGCCAACGUGGAAGGGAGACAGAAACAGCUGGAAGCGGCCUGGGGAAGAUGCAGGGCCCAAGCGGCUGAACGAAGAGUGAGGCUGGAGAGUGCUGUGGGUCACCAGGUGUUCGCCAACGGAGCGAGGCAGCUGCAGGACUGGAUACAGAAAGUCCGCGAGCAAGUGUCUUCUAACGUCCAAGCCAAGGACGUGGCCACCGCGGAGGCGCUGGUCAAGCAGCACCAAGAACUGCACGAUGACAUCAAGGCGCACGACGAUGAGUUCAAAGAAGUGAUAGGUCUGGGCAAACAGCUGGUAGCUUCCAACCCCUCUCUCGCGGAUGUGGCAGAAACCGCGAAAAUGCUGGAGGCAGAACAACAGGCUAUAAUUAAAGAAUGGCAAGCCAAGGACCUGCAUUUGAAGCAAUGCCUCCAGCUGCAAAGCUUCAACCGCGAGGCGGACCAGAUCGACGCGUCCAGUGGAGCGCACGAGGCGUUCUUAGACUACAACCACUGUGGCUCAUCAGUGGACGAAGCAGAGGCGCUGCUCAAACGCCACGAAGAGCUGGAAGCUAGACUGACUGCUCAGGAUGAACGCCUGGCCGCUUUUGCCCAGAAGGCACACAGCCUAGCGAACCAGAAGAACAAGCAUUAUGCUGCAGACCAUAUCGAGGCCCGUCGCGCGGCCGUUCUGCAGAGGAGAGACAACGUGCGGCGUGCGGCUGCCGAGAGACGCCGGGCGCUGUUGGCUAGCUUGGCUCACCAACAGUUCGUAGCAGCAACAGAGGAGUUGCAAGCGUGGAUACAAGACAAAACUAGGACGGCUAAGGACCAGAGUUACAGGGACUUGGCGAAUUUGGAGCGAAAGCUGCAAAAACACGAGGCGUUCGAGCGGGAGUUGCAAGCCAACGAGAAGCAACUGAGAAAUGUUGAGAGCAUCGGGCAAUCUCUCCAAAAGUCAGACCCGGCUCGCGCGACCGAAGUGUCGGAAAAACUAGACAGUCUUCAUACAGCCUGGGAAGAGUUAGUCGCGGCGUCGCGCGACAAGGGCUCCAAGCUGCGGCAAGCGUCGCAACAGCGACAACACAGACGCUCGAUCGAGGAUGCGAAGGCGCGGCUGGUGGAGCUGGAGCGCUCCCUGACGAGCCGGGAGCUGGGCACCGACUUACGAUCCUGCAAACGGCUGCUCAUACAGCAUCAGGCGUUAGAACAAGAGCUUAACCAAUGCGAGCAGCGGGCCGAAGCCCUAGUUGCGCAGGGCUCCGACCUCGUGUCGAGUGGACACUUCGACGCUGCUGCCAUCGAGCGAGACUGCGGAGCCCUGCUGCAAGCAGCCCGGGUGCUCCGCCCUCACGCGGCCGAGCGGAGACAGGCGCUGGAGGCUAGCUUACGUUUACACAAAUUCGCGGCAGAAGUGUCGGGCGAACUAGACUGGGUGUCGGAGCGCAAAGCCGCCGCGUCCUCCGCGGCUCUACCGAACGACCUGCACGCGGCCCAAGCGGCUCAAAAGAAGCACGCCAAGCUGCGCGCCGAGCUGCUCGGCCGACAGCCGCUCAUACACCGCGUGUUGGAGCAAGGCCGACAGUUGCAGGCCGACAAGCAGCACCCUCAAGCUUUGAAGAUCAAACAACUCUGCAACGAGCUGGAAGAGGCCUACUCCUCAGUGUCCCAAGCGGCUGAAGAGAGAGCUGCUCGAUUGGAAGCAGCACUCAAGGCUCAGCAGUUCCUCCAUGACGCCCUGGAGGUGGACUCCUGGCUGGCAGACAAGGAUGCGGCAUUGUCCUCAGCUGACGUGGGCAACGACAGGCACAGGGCCACGCAACUCCUCACCAGGCACAAGGCCGUGGAAUUAGAGCUAGACACGUACGCGGCAAUAAUCGCAGAAAUGGGCCACGUGGCGGCAUCCAUGGCGGCGAGUGGUCACCCCGAAGGUGCUGCGCUAGUGAGCCGACACGCUCAGUUGGCUGACACCCUUGCUCGGCUACAGCGCAAAGCGGCACUGCGCCAGGCUGCGCUCGUGGAGAGCGUUUGCAGGCAUGAAUACUUGGCCGAGAGCGCAGAAUUAGAAAGUUGGAUUCAGGAGCAAUACGCAGCUGCGUCCAGUGAAGACUAUGGACAAGAUUACGAACAUUUACUGAUCCUUCGCUCCAAAUUCGAAGAGCUCCGGCACCGCGUAGAGAGUGGUGCAGAGAGGUUCAACCAGUGUGAGGAGCUGGCCAAGAAGCUGUUAGCCUCCGAGAGUCCAUACAUCGCGGAUAUAGAGAAGAGGCAGGAGGCUCUCGGAGAAUCCUGGCAACGUCUAGUCGACCAGAUCCAAUCCCGUGGAGCAAGGCUCCACGCGGCGGGUGAAAUCCACCGCUUCCACCGCGACGCUAGCGACCUCCUGGCCAGGGCUGCGGACCGCAGGGCACAGCUCGCCCCUCCACCACCCCCCAGGGAUUUGAGAGCUGCCACCGCGUUGCUGAGGGACCAUGAUACUGCCGAGAAUGAUCUGGUGGCUAUCGAUGCGCAAAUGCAGGUCCUCCAGGAAGAAGGGGCCCGUCUCCAACGCCUCUGUCCGGGAGGCAACGAGCAGCAAAUAGCGCUUCGGCAGCGCGCCUUGAGCGAAGCGUGGACCGCGCUGCGCAGCGCUGCUGACGAGAGGAGGAGGCUCCUGCACCAGCAUCUGAAGCUUCACCAGUUCUUCACUGAGGUCCGCGACGUAACCUCCUGGUCCACGGCCCUGCGCGGAGAGAUGUCUUCAAGCGGGUCCGCGCGCUCCGCGGCCGCUGCGCAGGCGCAACGUGCUCAUCAUGACGCGCUGAGAGCUGAGAUAGACGCCAGAGACGACAGCUUCCGGGCUGCGCUGGCUAGUGGCCAGCAGCUCAUUGCUGACGGGCAUCCCAACUCGCAGGAAAUCGAGGAGCGUUGUGCAGCGCUUCUAGAGGAGCGCGCGCGACUGCAAGGCGCGUGGGCGGCGCGCCAAGUGGCGCUGGACCAGCUGAUCGACUGGCACUGCUUCCUGCGCGACGCUAAACAGCUGCACGACUUGUGCGCUGCACAAGAGGCCGCUCUGAGUAGUGAAAUUUCGCCUACCAGCAGUGUUGAAGAAGUGGAGCACCAACUCAAGAAACAUGAAGCUUUUGAGAAACUUUUGGCUACACAGGAUGAGAAGCUAACAACCCUGAACAGCCACGGCGAUAAGCUAUUACAACAGAACCACGUGGAGAGUCAAAGGAUCGCUGACGAACUGCUGACCAUCAAUGAACGGAGAAAGAAGCUGUACGAGGCAGCGGCGCGUCGUCGCGAGGCGCUAAAGCGCGCGCGAGCGAGAGCACAAUUCGCGCGCGACGCGGCUGAGGCGCGUGGCUGGAUAGCAGACAAGCUGGCUCAGUUGCCCGCUCACCACGGUGAAGUAACCAACCUGGAGGACAAGAUCAAGAAACUGCAAAAGCACCAGGCCUUCACAGCCGAGCUGGCCGCCAACAAGGCUCGUGUCCAGGAGGUGCAGACCCUGGCCCGGCAGCUCACUCCGGACCCUGAGGUGGAGAAGCAGCUGGAACACCUGCACAAGGACUGGCAGACGCUGGAGGCUGCCACGGAACAACGAGGUCGUGGCCUGGAAGAAGCUCAGGACAUAUUGGAGUUCAACCAACACCUGGACAAGAUCGAAGCUUGGAUCAGAGACAAGGAAAUGAUGGUACAAGCGAAUGAAACAGGUCGGGACUACGAACAUUGCACCGCUCUUCUUCGUAAGCUGGACGAUUUAGACAGCGACAUGAAGGUCGAUGACAAGCACGUGCGCACCAUACAGGCGCUUGCGCAUAAAUUGCUGCAACAGGGUCCAACCCAGCAAGCGGAGGCAGUUUCAGCUCGAAGAGACGCCUUCCUCAGCAAAUGGCGCGCCCUCAGUGGAGCCCUACAAUCCUAUAGAGGAAGACUGACCGCCGCUCUGCAGUUACAUUCCUUCAAUAGGGACGUGGCGGAGACGGCGGAGCGCGUGGCGCAGAAGGCGGCGCAGUUCGGUCGCGUAGAGGGCGGUCGGGACCUGAGCGCGGCGCACGAGCUGCGACGGCGGCACCUCGCACGCGCCGCCGAAGCCUCCGCUAUCGGCGACCGCAUCCGCGCGCUCAAGGCCGACGGCGACAAGCUCGCGCACAGUCACCCAGACCACGCAAAACAGAUCGAGGCCAGUUUAUCCGAGCUGGAUAAGGCUUGGGACAAGCUGCAGCAACUGUCAGCUCAAAGAACCGCCAUUUUGGAUGAAGCCAUCGCUGAACAUAAGUUUGACGAGAAUCUCAAGGAAUUGGAGUUAUGGGUGUCGGAGACGGUGAAGCGUAUGGAAGGCGCGGAGCCAGAAAGUGUUUCUGAUGCAGAAGCGCAAUUGGAACAGCACCAUGAGAGAAAGGCUGAAAUCGACGGUCGCCAAAAAGCGAUCGCUUCGCUCCAAAAGGAAGCCGGAGCUCAAGACCCUGAAAAGAUGAAGCGUGUGGAGAAACUGUCCGCAACCCUGGACCAAGCGUGGCUUCAGAGGAAGCAGUACUUAACACAGGCACAUGAGCUGCAGCUGUUCAAGGAGCAGGCGAGGCAGGUGGAAGACUGGCUGGCUGCGAAGGAGGCAUUCCUCAACAAUGAUGACCUUGGGGAAAACCUUGAUGCCGUGGAAACCCUAAUCCGCAAGCACGCGGAAUUCACAAAACUCCUGGAAUCUCAACUAGGCAGAGUGGUGGAACUUGAGAAAUUCGCCCAAACUGUGGUCGCAGGUGGCCAUUACCACGCGCCUUACAUUCAGCGCAGACUCAACGCUGUUAGCAAACGCGCGGACUCCUUGAAGGAGAGCUGUCGCAUCAGGGGCAUUCGCUUGGAGCAGUCGAAACAACUCCACCAGUUCCUUCGGGAUCUGACCCACGAGCGGGAGUGGAUUGAGCUCAAGAUGCAGAUCGCUACUGAUACUAAUUACAGGGAACUAUCAAACCUUCAGAGUAAAAUCCAAAAGCAUGCAGCCUUCGAGUCUGAACUGGCCGCAAACAAGAAACGCAUAGAUGACGUAGCGGCCACCGGAGAGGAUCUCAUUGAAGCCGAACACUACGCAUCUCAGGAGAUCGCAAGACAUGUUGAGGACUUGGAAAAUCUUUGGAGAGACCUUAUGGCAGCCGCAAAGUUGCGUCGCGAUCGUUUACAAGAAGCGUACCAGGCGCGAGUGUACCUGCGUGGCCUGGACGACUUUACUGCCUGGCUCGAUGACGUGGAGUCCCAGCUGCUCAGCGAGGACCAUGGCAAAGAUCUAUCAUCAGUGCAAGCGUUGCUCAAGAGACACGGGCGUUUGGAGGCCGCGGUGGCCGCGAAGGCCGACACGGCGACGCAGCUGGCCGACAACGCGCAGCAACUGGCCGACAACCAGCACUUUAUGGCCGAGGAAAUACUUGAGAAGGCCGACCAGGCUGUGAAACGGUAUCGUCAACUGCAGGAGCCCAUUCAGAUACGCCGCGACAACCUGGAGGACGCAGCCUUGUUGCAUCGCUGGGAGAGGGAUGCCGAUGAGGAGCUCAGCUGGCUGAAGGAACGCGAAGCGACCGUGUGCUCAGACGAGGCGGGCGCUUCACUGCCAGAAGCGCAGGCGCUGCUCAAGAAGCAUCUCGCUCUCGAAGCUGAAAUCAUUGCCAGAGAGUCGACAAUAAACGCGGUGUGCAACCGCGCGACAACUCUCACUAGACGCGGACACUUCGCUGGAAACGAGCUGGAGGCGCGCUCUAGAGACCUGAGACUCGCUCUACGGACACUCUUGGAUAGAGCAACGGCUAGAACAGCAGCGUUGCGGGAACGAUGCGAACUUUUGCAGUUGCUGAACGAGAUCUGGGAAGCAGAAGCCUGGUUGGCGGAAAGACGCGUGGCUCUGACCGGCGCUGAAGCGGGUCGUGACGAGGAGUCGGUUCUGGCGCUCAUGAGGAGGCUGGAAGCUCAGCAGAGGGAGCUGACUGCCUUCCUGCCCACACUUACCAAGUUGGAUAAAGCUUUGCAGGAGCGAGCUUCAGAGGACGAGCAAGUGAGCAAGAAACUGGAGGAGCUUAAAGCGUCCUACGAAGAGAUGAAGCUUCUGUCCGCAAAACGCCAGCAGCGGUUGCAACAGAGCUUGAAGUAUUUCAAGUUCGUCCAAGAGUGCGAGGAAGUUCAGGAAUGGAUCAGCGAGCAGAUGGCCACGGCUGCCAGCGAGGAGUACGGGCUGGAUGUGGAGCAUGUGGAGACCUUGCAGCAGGCCUUCGACAACUUCCUCACGCAGCUGCAUGCCAACGAGGGCCGCAUAGAGGCAGUCUGCGAAGCGGGCAACGUGCUGCUAGAAGAGAACACGCCAGAAGCAGACAGAGUCAAGCAGAGGAUAGAGGAUAUCCGCGGACUAUGGGAUGACCUCAAGGAGUUGGCUAUAGCAAGACAAGAGGCAUUGGCUGGAGCACGCCAAGUCCACGAGUUUGACCGCUCCGCAGAAGAAACCCUCGCGUGGGUGGCUGAGAAGGAGGCAGCGUUGCAGUUGCUCCGGGCUUUGCACCAGCUGAGGGCGCUGCGAGCUGAUCUCAAGGCUAUACGCGACCAGCAUCAGCAUCUGACCCAGGAGGCAGAGAGGUUGGGUGCAGCCUUCCCAGAUGCAAAGGAGCACGUUCUAGCAAAACUGGAAGACGUGACGGAUUCUCUAGCGGCCUUAGAAGAAAGAGCAGCACAUAACGAACAUCAGCUCGAACUGGCAGACCAGCUGCAAGCCUACUUCGACAAGUACCAGGAACUCACGGCGUGGACCAACGAGACCCUGGCGCGGGUGACGGCGCCAGACCUGAGCGCGGACGUGGCGGCGGCGGAGCGGCUGGUGGCACGCCACCGAGACAUCGCCGCCGAGAUGGACGCCAAGGACGAGAGCUUCCAGACCUUCUACGCUGAUGGAGAGAAACUGGUCCGGGAAGGUCACUUCAUGUCCCAAGAGGUAGAGACCCGCAUAUCCACGCUGAGGUCCCGGCGCGCCACUUUGGACGGCGUGUGGAAAGCGCGCGCCCGCAUCUACGAGCAUCAUCUCGACGCUCUUCUGUUCCUGCGGGAUGCUGAGGCGCUGGACCAAUGGAUCACUAGCAGAGUGCCGCUGGUCCGCGACGGCAAGUACGGCGAGAGCUUGGCACAGACGGAGGAGCUGAUCAACAGGCACCGCGACCUGGAAGAAACCAUCGACGCGCAGAAAGAGAAGUUCCUCGCGCUCAGGAGAAUCACCCUGAUCGAGAGAUCAUUCAAAGAGCAGAGGGACGAAGAAGAAGCGGCGCGCAAAAAACACGCAGAGCGGCAAGAAGUGGAGAGACUGCAGCAGGUCAAGAGGAGAGAGAUGGAGAGGAUCACGGAAGAGAGGAGAAGAGAGAAUGAGCUGCAGGAGCAACAGCAGAUGCAAGGGAUGCAGGUGGAGCGUCAACUAAGUACUGGCGGAGUGAGCAGCAUAGCGACCGCGGCGUCUGAAGAGGCCCUCAGCCCGGCGCCGCAGUUCGAACGCCUCCCCAAGCCGGAGCCUAAUGUCAAACGUGCAGAAAGCAUGAGCGUGGUGAAGACGCCGAAACGCACGCCGUCGUUCACGACGCGGCGCCGCACGCAGAGCUUCCGCAGACAUCGCCGACCCGACGACUUGCCGCCCGUUGAGAUUGAAGGUUACUUGGAGCGCAAGCAAGAGGCGGGUUGCGGCGGCAAAAGAGCAACCGUGCGCUCGUGGCGGGUGUACUACUCUGUCCUGUGCGGGCAGCUGCUUUGUUUCUUCCGCGACGAACAGGACUUCGCUGCGUCCAAGGCCGCGGCACCUCCGGUCGCCAUAUUGAACGCGCGCUGUGAGGCGGCGGGCGACUACACAAAACGCGCGCACGUGUUCCGUCUAUCGUGCGCAGACGGCGCUGAGUACCUGUUCGCGUGCAACUCGCGCGCGCUCAUGAGCGACUGGGUCGCCAAGCUGCGCUUCCACGCCGCUCUGCCGCCGCAGCUGCAGCUGACGCCCUACACCGCGCCGCCCGCGGGCGACUCGCCCACCGCCGACAUACGCAGGCGACUACAGAACGCGUCUUCGUCAUCGUCGGGUGCGUCAUCCCCAGAGCCGCAACAGAGGGCGCGCACGCAAGCCGAGAUCCUCCAGGAGCACCGCAACAGCCAACGCGCGAGCGCAACUCCCGAACGCACCACCUACGUGACCGCGAGUUCUGACCGCAACAGUCAGCCGAGGUCUUCUCCGGAGAAGAGUCAGCGAACAUCUGCUGAAAGGAAUAUUGAAUCUUCUGUCCUGCCGUCGUUGCCGCCGCGACAGCCGCAGCCGGUGUCAGAAGAUGGCUCCGACGUGUUACUUAGAAAUUCGGAACAAUCCUCUCACACUUGGGGUCGCUCCAGGUUCUCCAACGGUCGAGACAUCAACCAGGAGUUCAUCAAGUCACAGAGAGAGGACAACGGAAGUCCACCUUUGCCUCUAAUGGAGCCUUCGGACAGACCACCAGCCAUUCCCGAAAGAGGCCCAAACAUACCGGAAAGAGGUCCUAAUGUACCCGACAGAGGUCCUAAUAUACCAGAAAGAGGCCCUCACAUACCAGACAGGAACUUUAAUAUACCAGAAAGAGGCCCAAAUAUACUUGAUAGAGGUCCGAAUAUUUCUGAAAGAGGCCACAAUAUACUGGACAGAGGUUCGAAUAUUUCUGAAAGAGGCCAUAAUAUACCAGACAGAGGCCUCAAUACAAAUAACAAUAGUGACAGGAGUUCGUCCGAAAGAUCAGUCGGUGGAGGCGAAAAAUCGGUGACUGCGCUAGUAAACAGUUACCAGCAGCGGAUGUCGAGGAGUUACCAUGAGAAGGUGGAUCCGAGGAGUUCGGUGGUUGUGGAUCCCAGGAGUUCCGUGGGCUCCGGGGGGUGGUCGGGGUACGAGAGGCAGAACAACAACUGGCAAACGGAGAGCACCUCGCAUUUCUACACGGCCAGUGAUCUUGCAUACGGUGGUACCGCCAGCGGUGGAGGCACUCGGCCCGCGUCCGUGGCUGGCAGUGGGGGCUCCCCCGCGUUAGACCAGAGACCUGCGUCUAGGUCAUCUGGAGAGUCGGAACUGUCAGUGGGAGGAGGCACGAAAGAGAAGAAAGACAAGAAAGGAGUCUUCGGAGGUCUGUUCAGCAGGAAAAAGAGACCCCAGAGUCACAUGUAAAUUGACACCUGUAGCUGUCAAAAAAUCAUGUAAAGUACUACCAC